AGUUCAAAUUAAUCGGAUUUUAACGUAAAUACCUGACACCAUGUUCGUUAUGACAAGGAAGGCCACUGCCAAGGACAUGGAGGUGAAACUGAAGUUAGCCCUGGAAAAGCUCAAAACAUCCGAAGAGCUCUGUCAACAACUGUUAAGGGAACGUGAUGACAGCGAGGAAGAAAUUCAGAAAAUAAUUAGUAAAAACUCUGAAUUGAAAUCUCAACUUGCAGAAUUACACAUCCAAUAUAUGGAUGUGUUGGAUCAGCGGGAUAGGUUACAGGAUUUUGUGGGUUCUUUUAGUGAAUGUAGUGAUGCUCAUGAGAGGGCUUUGAGUCGCAUCAAGGUACUGGAGACAAGCUUAAAUGAUGCUCACAAGUCAAUAAUAUGCUUCAAGCAAACCCAACAACAACAGGAAAGUGAUGACACUCACCGCCUUUUCAAUAAACGCAGAUGGCAGCUCUGAAGUGGAACAAAAGUGCUUUAUUUUAUUUUGUAU